CCUACUUUAAUAAUUUAUAAUAUCAUCUUCAUUCACUUUCACUCAGCUAUCCUGCACUUUCCUUUACAGUGCCAGACGGUACUCGGUAUUCUCAUAAACACUACGAAACUCCAUAUUUGUCUCCGAUGAUAUUUCCCAUUCUUCUCUAAGACUUUUUGUUUAAGCUUUCCAAAAAAAACAAUCUCUUAAUUUUGUUUUAGGCAAACGAUUUAUACAAAGUGUCUCAUGUCCUCCGUUAUUACACAUGCCCAAGAUGCACCUAUAGUUGCAGCGGAUACAUCAUACAGUUAUGAACAAGUAAACCCCAAAAUCCAGCUUUUUGUUAGAGGAGUAAUCUUUGAGCUGUUUCGAAAUGAACUUUUAUCGUUGCCAGAGUCCGUCUUAAUGUGCCUUUUCCCUAGAGGUCUAAUGCUUGAUUAUGAAAUUCAAGAACACUUGACUAAUAAUAGACCAUUAAUCUUUCAAACUGCUGAUUUUGAUCCUUCUAUUUUUGGAUAUAUUGUUAGCUAUUUUCGGAUGAUGGAGUCGCGAAUUAACGACGAAAUACAGUUUAUAUCUCCACCGGUACCGUCUUUCCCGGGAAAAUGUGGAAUAAUAUUUCUAAAAGAAGACAUUGAAUUCUAUGUUAUACCUCCAAUGUUCCCAGAAACUCAAUCAGCCAUGGAAGUGAAACCUAUCGACCUUGCAAGAACAAAACAGAAAGUAGCAAGACAGUUAUUACAGGAAAAGCGCAUAUUUGAUUGCCUUCAUGUGACAAAUUCGACACCUGAGGAGUCUGCCGAAAAGAAUUUGGUCCGAAUGUUAUGUUAUAGUGGUUUUAGUGAAGAUGAUGAAUGGAAACUGAGAAUCCAAGAACCACAUCGGGCAUGUAUAACGUCUGCUACACUCACGAAUUUGGACUUCUCAGCAGAUAAAGGACCUGUUUCUGAUCCAAACUAUUUUCCGGUUUUCCAUAAGUUGUUAUUAUUUUGGCAGAAACCGGCUAGAAAAUGUUGGUGGGAUUCUGCUAUGAAAACAGAUUUUAACGGAAUUGAAUUUCCCGUGUGGGUGAGACGAGUUUGGACUUUAGAGCUUGCUGUACUAGGCUCAGCUUCUAGUGAGCCACUGGUUGUAUAAUAGCUUAUUUGCAUAGAUAUCUGCACAAAAAUCAAUUACGAUAUAUAUGUUUCCUUUUUUUUUCAUACUCACCUACGUUUACGAACUGGUUAAUUAAAAAGAGCAAUCGUGUAUACUAUUCCAUUCUUUACCUCGGUUGAAUACUGAUUCCCUGCAAAUCUUUCCAAUUCAUUUUCUGCAAUUUCGGUGCCUUAACCAAGACUAUGGGCUGUUUCUUUGUUUUCUGUGCAGUCUUAUAACAACCUACUUUUUUUCUCUUUUUUUUUAUAUAUAUAGUUGUGUAGCAAUUUCUAAAAAAUGUUCGGUUUACUUAUAUAUUCUUUUGGGUUCAUUAUGCAUCUUAU